UUGGACAUCCAAUUAUGAGAGCAUUCUUGGCUUCUGCCUGCAUUCUAGCUGUUCUAGCUGCUGCUACCGAAGAAACUUCCAACAAAACUCUGACUUGCAAUGGUCCAACAACUCCCGCCAGUUUUGGAAGAUGCCGAUUCAAUGACGUCCUGAUUGAUGAAAAUCGCUGCUGUGCAAAGGAAAAUGUGUCUGACAGAGCUUCUUCAAACAAGUCCUGCCGCGGACCAACUAAGGCUCCAACUUUUGGAAGAUGCUGGUUCGGAGCGGUAAUGGUCGAUGGAGAUCGCUGUUGUGACAAGGAAAAUGUGACUGAAGGCUCUCCAAAUAGUACUCAAACCUGCCGGGGACAAACUAAAGCUCCAUCAAUGGGAAGAUGCUGGUCGGAUGACGUCAUGGUAGAGGGAAACCGGUGCUGCGCCAAAAGGGAUGUUUUUGAUGGAUCUUCUUCCAACAGAAACGAAACCUGCCGCGGACCAACCAAGGCUCCAACAAUGGGAAGAUGCUGGUCUGAUGACGUCAUGGUCGAGGGAAAUCGGUGCUGCGCUAGAGAAAAUGUAACCGACAACUUUUCCUCAAACAGAACCCAAACCUGCCGUGGGCCAACCACAGCUCCCACAUCCGGAAGAUGCUGGUCUGAUGACGUCAUGGUUGAAGGAAACCGGUGCUGUGGUAAGAGGGAUGUGUUUGAUGGAUCCUCUUCCAACAGAACUCAAACCUGUCGGGGACCUACUACAGCCCCAACUAUGGGAAGAUGCUGGUCUGAUGACGUCAUGGUUGAGGGUAACCGGUGCUGUGCCAAGAGGGAUGUGAUUGACGGAUCUUCCUCUAACAGAACCCAAACCUGCCGCGGGCCAACCACAGCUCCCACAUCCGGAAGAUGCUGGUCUGAUGAUGUCAUGGUAGAGGGAAACCGUUGCUGUGCCAAGAGAGAUGUUUUUGAAGGAUUUUCCAACAACAGAACCCAAACCUGCCGCGGGCCAACCAAGGCUCCAACAAUGGGAAGAUGCUGGUCUGAUGACGUCAUGAUCGAGGGGAACCGAUGCUGUGCCAAAAGGGAUUUGAUUGAUGGCUCUUCCUCCAACAGAACCCAAACCUGCCGGGGUCCAACCAAGGCUCCAACAAUGGGAAGAUGCUGGUCUGAUGACGUCAUGGUCGAGGGAAACCGGUGCUGUGCUAAGAGGGAUGUGUCUGAAAACUCCGCCACCCUAGCCUGCAAGAAAUCCACCAGAACCCCUAACUUCCGUGGAGAAUGCCGCUCUGAUGACGUCAUGGUCAGCGGAAACCGCUGCUGUGAAAAGGAAGAUGUUUAUGACCCCUCAACUGCUACCUGUGAGCCAAGACGUGGCACUGCUCACCCAGUUUUGGGAAUGGCUAUCAAUGGAGAGUGCCCCAGAAAUUACCUGGUCACCAGAGGAAAUAUGUGUUGCUUCAAGAAGAAUGUCCAAGAGCAAGGACGCAGGGCUUGAAGAGGAAGUGGAAUUGGAAUGUAAAUAACUUUUUUGUGUAAAAAUUGUUUCGAAUCGAAAAUAAAGUAUUUCUAGAGCAUUUU